AUGUCGAAAAAAGUCGCUAUUGUCGGGGCUGGUGCUGCGGGCAUGUCUUGCGCUGCCACCUUGGCCAAGCAUCCCGAAUUCUCAGUAACGCUGAUCGACAUCGACUCGCACACCGGUGGACAGGCGACUUCAAUCCCACUAGAUCAGUCUACACAUGGAGCGGGCUGGCUAAAUGAUGGCGUUCAAGGUGGUUCGCAAAUAUUUCGGCAUACUUUCCAAUUCUUCCGACGUUAUGGUUAUGAGCCCCAGCCGGUCAAGCUUCAAGUCGCGUUUGGCAAAGGGAAGAACUUCUGGACCAACGUCUUUCCAAGUCCAUUAGUCGAUCAGCAUUCGGCAGAAAUCAAGAAACUUUCACGAGUACUUACAUGCAUCAAAUAUCUCAUGCCCAUUCUGGGGAUCAUGCCGGUUAAAACGAUUCUGCGCCUGUUCCGUUUCAGCACCGAUUUCAGCAACAGAAUGGUUUUGCCUCUCCUGGCUUUGUUUUUGGGGACGGGGAAUCAAACUCCAAAUGUCUCGAGUGUUCUUUUGGAGCGCCUCUUCAAUGACCCACAGAUGAAGCUAUGGGAGUAUGACCCGGAUACACUAUUGCCAAACCUCCCUCUCAUGUAUACGUUCCCAAACUUGAACAACUUUUAUCGAGACUGGGCAACAGAUUUGCGCAUCAAAGGUGUGGACGUUCGACUCAAUUGCAAUGUUACCAUCUUUGAACGAGGCAAAAAGGGCGUUGUAUUACAACUGCAAAGCCACGAAGACGGACAACUGACUGGGCAACCACUGACGGAAACAUUCGACGAACUCGUGAUGUGUUGCCCAGCAGAUGAAUCAAAGAAGCUCCUUGGUCAAAAUGCGACCUGGCGUGAGAAGUAUGUCUUGGGAGGAGUCAAAUUCUUCAAUGAUCUCACUAUCACCCACUCCGACUCCAACUAUUUUCAACAAAUUUUCGAAUCGCUAUAUGAUCCAAGACUUUGUGCAAAGGCCACGACUCAGGAACGCAAGAACCAAAUCGCAUUUGCCGAGCAGGAGCCUCGUAGCCAGAAGGAUGGCUGGUUGGGAUUCCGCCCAAUGUACUUUAUGCACUCAUACGAAUCGGAUCCUACAAAGAUUGAAAUGGGGUUCAAUUGCAGUAGCUAUCAGCAUCAAUUUCGUGAGGAGCUGGGCGAAAACAAGCCUCCUCUGUCUCAGGACCAACAGGUGUUCCAGACAAUCUUCUUGAAUGACCAGGAAAAAGACCUUUGGACGUGGAAUGCCAUUGACCCUUCCAAAAUAAUAUCACGGAAAUGGUGGCACCAGUUCGGGCACCGGUGGCAGCACUAUCUCAGAGUGGUUCCGGGGAUGAUGUUCAUCAAUGGCACUAAUAGAACGCUUUAUGCAGGAAGCUGGACGAUGGUAAACAUGCACGAGAUUGCGUGUAUCUCCGGCAUUGCUGCUGCAUAUCGACUUGGUGCCACCUAUGAGCCCUUUGAUGACUUUGCUGAGGAUUUUUUUGCAAAGUACUUGCUUGUGUGUCACGGAACUAGGUAUAAGAAAGCUAAAGCAAAGGACGUAUAG